AUGCGAUGUGUCAAGUUUGUCCCUCAAUUCAAAGAAAAUCCUUAUGCAAAUUAUCUACAGUAUCCAAAAUUCAUUCAAAAUCAUUCAGUUACAGUAGUUGCGGGAUUUGCGGUCAUGAAUGGGAAUCAGCGUAAGUACAACACCUACUUAGAAUAUUCUUUUAGGGCCCCUUCCUCCUUUUUUAACCCAAGGAUCAGAUACGGAACCGGCAAAGGUUGAAGAAUCUCUGAAGCCAUUGAAACUAGUGUCCGUUGAUCCAGUCUAUUUAAAGUUUCAAUUGACGGACGUUCUUUCCAGCAAAGUUAAUCUUCAUAUCGGGUAUAAUAAAAUGUCAAUAAUAAUACUUUAUUUACAGUAACACCACUCAGAAAAGAGUCGCCUGGAGACUGAGAAGCAAUGCUCCCACCAGAUACGUUGUCAACCCUGCUUGUGGAUUCUUGACUUCGGGAGAGUCGAUCAGUAUUGCGAUUGAACUGGCUAAUACAAAUAAAUUUAGCGAUCGCCACAAAUUCAUCGUUCAAGCGAUGGAAGCUAAAGACGAUGAGAAAGACCGACGUCGGAUUUGGGAUUCCGAGAGAGCGCAGAGUCUGGACAAUCUGCAAUGCAUUCGGGUAUAUGCGGUGGCUGCCAGUGGGUACAGUAAGAUCUCGAACCCCACGGAAACUUCCGGAGUCAGCACAACUGGCAGAACUCAUACCAACACUGAAUCCUCCACUUCCAACUCGGGUCAGUCCUGUUGGAGUUCUGGAACCACCACGUCCAAUUCAAAUGCACUCAAUUCGGGCCUUUCGAACACUGACACCAGUAUUACUAGUAGUGCUGUUACUAGUACUGGCGGCCCUUCUAACCAGUCCGGUUCCAGUCUUCACAAUCUGAGCACUUCCUCAGUCUCAUCUAACAUAUCCACCUGCUCAGAGAUGAAUGUGACCGACAAGAUUGCCGCCUUGACUUCCGACGCCAAAGGAUAUUUAGGUAGGACAAGAUCAUGUUACAGUAACCCUUUUAGAUACUAAAUCCAAAGCGUCCAGGCGAAUGGUUGAGGUGGUGAAUGAAGUGAAGAAGGUAGAGGUGGAAUUGGAUCGUGUUGGAGUCCAAUGCAAACAACUCAACGCCCAGGUUAACACCAUCACGGCACAGAUUGCGGUAUUUUAAGGGUGUAUAAUAUUGUAAGCGUACUAAUAAUUACAGGCCUUGGUGGAACGUUCUCUCGAGUUGGAUCAACAAAUCAAGGUCCUGACUUCUAAGAACUGA